GCAUCAGACGCGCGUUGACAGUGGGUUUCCGAGUGAUCGUUUGGCGUGAUUUUUUCACAGUGAAAAGCGAACGAAAGUAGAAUACGACCCGAAACACGAAGAAUCGCCUUUUUAUGUUACAAACCAUGCAACAUUCGGCCGCUGACACGGAGAAAGCCACCGUCUAUCAGCUGGCCAACGGUAACCACACGAACGGUGACAUCACCAAAGUGAGAUCACCCACAGAAGCGGUCCGGAAGCGCAACAUGCUGGUGAAGAAGUUUUGCAACCGGCGGUGCAUCCUUACAUCGUCCGGAUUGCUGCUUGCCGCCAGCGGAACCUUCUUCCUACUGUUCUUCCCGAUCAUCUUCCAGGAUAUACUGCAGGAGGAGCUUAAGUUACGGCCCGGCUCGCGCAGCUACGACAGCUGGGUGUCGCCACCGUUUCCACUUGCAAUGGACGUGUACUUCUUCAACUGGACCAACCCGGAAGACAUUACGAACCACUCGACGAAACCGAUCCUGGAAGAGUUGGGCCCGUAUCGCUUUAUCGAGCAUCCGACCAAGGUGGAUAUAGAGUGGCACGAUGCCAAUGCUACCGUGAGCUAUCGGAAGAAAAGCCUCUACUACUUCGACGAGGAGGGCAGCAAUGGGACCUUGGAUGAUGUGAUUAGCAGCAUUAACAUUGUCGCUGUGUCUGCAGCAAAACGCUCCAAAUAUUGGGGAUAUCUCAAGCAGAAAGGUGUCUCGGUGGGAUUGCAUGUAUACGAGCAAAAGAUCAACGUGGUCAAGACGGCCGGUGAGCUGCUGUUCGAUGGGUACGAGGAUAACAUGGUGCUGAUGGGCAAACACAUGUUCGACGCCGACGAAGUGCCAUUCGAUCGUGUCGGAUGGUUUUACACGCGCAACAAUUCAGCCGAUCUGAUCGGUCACUACAAUAUCCACACCGGUGCUGAGGACAUUGGCAUGCUCGGUAAAAUGGGCGAGUGGAAUUACCAACCGCGUACAAACUUCUUCGAGGGAAACUGUGGCAUGUUGAACGGGUCGGCUGGUGAAUUUUUCCCGCCCGGCCUGUCAAAGCAGCGUCCGAUCGAGCUGUUCACGCCCGACAUGUGUCGCAGCUUGCCGCUUGAUUUUGAGGAGGAGGUCACCAUCCAUGGACAGAAAGCGUACAAAUAUUCCGGUGAUCGUAGGGCGAUCGAUAAUGGUACACUCUACCCUGAGACGGCUUGCUUCAGUGCGGGCGAAAUCGUACCGUCAGGGGUGCUAAACAUUUCAUCCUGUCGCUUCGGUACACCUGUGUUCGUUUCCUUUCCCCACUACUACGGUGCCGAUCCGUUCUAUCUGGAUCAGGUUGAAGGAUUGAGUCCUUCGAAGGACAAGCAUCAAUUCUAUAUGUCACUGGAGCCGACCACUUCCGUCCCCUUGGAUGUUGCCGCACGGUUGCAGCUAAACAUUAUGAUCGAACCGUACGAGAAUAUUAAUAUCUUUUCUGAAGUGCCACGUGUCUUCCUGCCCGUGCUGUGGUUUGAGCAGCACGUCCUUAUGCCUGCCGAACUGGCGGGAGAAAUCGGUCAAGCGCUUACCAUUCCCUCGAUCGUACGGUGCUGCGGUAUCGUAAUGGUUGUGUUCGGUGUGGUGAUGCUACUCUGGGUGCCACUGGGGCGUUUGUUCCAUCGACGGCGCUGUGUAGCCGGUACGACGAUUGGCAUCAAAGAGCAGGCAGCUCUCAACGGUGUCUGUUCGUUUAAUCUGGCCACCGAAAAGGGUUUGCUAGCGUCAUCGGAAAAGACAAACGGCAAAACGACGCCAGCUACCGCCAUUGUGCUGGUGGACAAGUUGCUUGAGAAGCCCGAAAAGCAACCGCUAGCGGACAGUGCGCAGACAUCGCCGGACGAGCCGGAGAGUGCUCCGCUGAUCGAUGGUAGAAAUGUGACCAUUAUCAAUUCAUGAAACCCUCACGAGCCUGUACGAUGUAGCGUGAUAUAGUGCAACCGGUCAGCGCCAGUUAGCCUGCCUCAAGUGUAUGCGGACGUGCUAUGCAAGUAUGUUGCCAGGGUGCAUUUAUUUAUCCAGCGGACAGCGUCUGCUACUGUUACUGUGAGAUUCCUAGCCUUAGACGAUGCGAGUUCAACAGUGACUGAACGAUCGGUGGUUUGUAAGAUGUGUCGGCAGUGCCUCAACCCUUCACUGAAAGCAAUUCCCCAAAGUGAUAGAUUACGCGUAGCAGAUGAGAAGCGCCGAGGACAAUGUUUAGUCAAUUAAGCUAUCUCCUCCCAGCGUCGCCCAGGACCGACGUGCAAGUGUGCAACAGUGCCUAGAACCCUUUACAACACUACAAAAGAACCACCUGCUAAAAGACAGUAGAACUGUAACGUCAAUCCGUUUCUGUGUGAAUUAUGAUCGUGCGACCUUUUAUUGCAUGCACGUUUAAAGACGCAAAGAUCUUUAUGCAGCGUAUGAAUUUAAAUUUUAAAUUUAAAGAAACGAACUUUUCUACUUGCUGGAAGAAUGUUUCAAAAUCCGGUAACAGGGACAAUGGUAACCUGUAGACUGUUAGUUUUAAGUUUUUGUGCAGUUUUUCCGAUACAGGAUGUUUCCAUUACACGGAACGGCAGUUAGUUUACGGCUUCAUGCAAUUGUACAUCUUUGGCAAUUUAACCCGGCACUCGGAACAGGUCGUUCAAUGGCAGCGUUUGCCGAUUCGAUGUACGGUUUCGGUGAAGUUACAUUUAGGUCUACGUUUUGCUAUAGCACUGUAAAAGAAACAAAUCUCGUCCCUUAUAUUAGUGUGUUAACAAACAUUCUAUAUACUUCCGAGCUUACGAAUGUCUAUUUUCCUAUUGAAAAUAGCUUCCUCUCGCGUGUUUCCCACUUAUUGCAUGAUGAUCAUGGAGAGAAAAAAACUAAAGCAUUGGUUGUAUAUACUAAGAGAGUAGAAAGUUAAAACGAAUUUCCAUACAUUGUUUUUUUUUUCUAUUUAGCUUAGUUAAUAUUGUGACACAUAUAUCGUUUAGAGUUUUCACAUUAAAGUGUUUCAACCCGUUCCUAUCGAUGAGAAGCAUUAGGUUAGGUAUAGCUUAGGUUAUAUGUUUGUUUAAAAACCAUUCCCUGCAAUGCUCGUUACAAUCAAGAUGGUUGCGAAUCACCUAGACUGUCAUUAAACCAUCAAUGGUGUACGUCAACUUGAGUGAGUGAAUGUUGAUAAUGGAGUAGAGCGACAGCAUGAAAAAUCGACCAACUGUAUCAACAUGGAAUGACUUUUAGCUUAGAGAAGAGCAUAUUGUGAAUCAAAAUCUAUGUCAAAAGACGAUAAUAUAGUAUGAUAACUACAACAACUAGUUGUGCAGAUUAGAAGUAAUGCUGCAUAUCACAUGCUUUAGAUUUCGGGUUAUAUUUUAUGUGUAGGUU